GCCAGUGUGAGUGGCGACGCGGAGGCGCGCCUCCAUCGAGCAGCAUCCUGCGCGGGGAGAGGGCGCCUGCCCCCUGCCCUGCCGCUGCCCCUAUCAUGAGGGGCAGACUCCCGGGCGCAUGGAUGGUCCCCUUGCUCUUAGCUGGCUUGGCUCAGCCCGGUCGGGGACAGGAGCAAUCGAAGGUGGACUGCUAUCCGUCAAUAUCAGGCACGGUUUAUAACUAUGGGGCUCUCUCCAUACAUGGUGAUGAGUACAUCCCCUUCCAAAAGUAUGCGGGGAAGCUGCUUCUCUUUGUAAAUGUGGCCACCUUCUGAGGACUCACCAUGCAGUAUCUUGAACUGAAUGCACUACAAACUGAACUAGGACAUCUUGGAUUAGUUGUUCUGGGCUUCCCAUGUAAUCAGUUUGGAAAACAAGAACCUGGCGAGAACUCAGAAAUCCUUCCAGGACUGAAAUACGUCAGACCUGGAAAUAAUUUUGUCCCAAAUUUCCAGCUUUUCCAGAAAGGAGAUGUGAAUGGGGAGAAAGAACAGAGAGUUUACACCUUCCUGAAGAACUCCUGCCCACCUGUUACGGAAAGCUUUGGUGACACCAGCAGACUUUUCUGGGGACCUCUGAAGAUCCAUGACAUCAAGUGGAACUUUGAGAAGUUUUUGGUUGGUCCAGAUGGGAAGCCUGUGAUGAGGUGGUUUCCCAGAACAAAUGUUGCCACAGUCAAAAAUGACAUCAUAAAAUACAUGAGGGAGCACAUGAUGUUCCAUGGAUAGAUACAGAUGUAUAGAAAUGUGAAGGAGAUGAAACAGGGAGGGAGCCUGUGACUUUAUCCAGAACCAGACCUUAUCUCCUAAAUGAAACCAACAAGGAACUGAACUUACUUUUGUUAAAGCCAACAGAAUUUUUAAAAUUUUAAGCUCUUAAGCUAUCCCAGCUUGUGAACAUAGUCCUAUGUUGUUUCACAGAGAAAACUCCUGAAUUAUGUCUCAGUGGACUUAAUUCCAAACCCUGGGGGAGAAAGCUGACUCCAAUGAUCCAGACCUUGCUUCCUUUAACUUCCACAUUUUGCAAAAAGUUUCUGCCCCUGCAGUUACUUCAGCUGGUAUUGUAGUAGCCCUGUGUAUUACUUCUGAAGGCUGUCAGCAAAGCUGAGUAAAGAAUGAAGACAAAUUCCCCCUUUAACUUUGCUAUUCUAAAAUCCUCUAGUAGUAAAACAUGGGGGAUGCUGGACCUUUCUCUUGUAAACUUAGUUGUUGAAAAAUAUGUCCAGCAACCUUUAGCCCCAAGGUGUCAUGAACCAAGCCACACUUGCUCACACCUGUAUAACCAAGAGCCUUGUGGCACUGUGAAGACUACAAAUUUGUUGUGGCACAAGUUGACACGGGCAAAACAGAAUCAGUGUCAGUUGCUGUUCCAAUCUUCAUUUACAAUCUUCUGCUGGAUGGAGCCAGCAUUUUGUGUAUCUCUGGAUAAGGCAUGGCCUCCCUCCCUUGAAUGGACUGUGCCAAGUAGAGAGUUUUCAGACUGGAGUUUUUCAUACUUUUUUCUCUUCCGGGAGGGCGAGAAUGACGAGAAAGGGUUCUGGGGACAAGGAAGAUGCAUCAGUAUGACGGUUAGGUCUGAAAGCUCCCCAAGAGCAGACCUGGCCCAAGCCUGCAAGGCAGUGGAGCAGCUCUUCAGUGCAUUCAAACUGCUCCACAGCUUGCCUUUGCAGGGAUGCAUUCCUCAUUGCUCCCAAGAGCUUCAUCUCUUUCCCCCCCCCCACAUUCACCCUGUGUAUGAAAAUUGCCUAAUAAAAAAUCCAAACACUCAGUGCAA